CAUGCUUCAAGACCAUUCCGUGGUCAUAGUUUAGGUGGUUUAAAGAGGAUUGAAUAGCGCUUGAAGUAACAUAGUGGUAGACAUUAGACGCCAUUUCGUCAGUCAUGUCUGAAACAGCAGCAGCCGAGCUUAAGAAGCUCGUGAAACAGCUCCAAAAUACUUCCACAGAGGAAAAGGUAUCGAUUCUGCAAAUCUUGAAGAAAGACUUCCAAGUAAAUGAAGCGAUCUUAAGGGAAAGCAAAGCAGGGCUUGCUGUCGGAAAAUUGCGGACCCAUGAGGCAAAAGAGGUCUCCGAACUCGCCAGAGAGAUCGUAAAGAAGUGGAAAAACGAGGUUGAGCGCGCUAAAGGAGGUUCAGGCUCAAAGGCGGGGACACCUGCGAACGGCAAGGCAGCACCAACUCGCAAGGGAUCUGCUUCGGUCACACCCUCUAACGCCGCUACUCCCGCCCCAGUGAACGGGAAGUUAGAACCUCGUACUGCGAAAGGAGAUGGUGCAAAGGCAUCCGGCACGGGGGACAGCACGCGGGAUAAGUGCAUGGAACUCAUUUAUGAUGGCCUUGCUUGUGACUCUGGCGCUCCCAGUGAUCUAAUCAUGAGUCGAGCAAAAGCUGUGGAGGCCGCUAUUUUUGCACAGUUUGGUAGUGCUAGCGCUGCAUACAAGGGCAAAAUCCGUUCUUCGUACGUCAACCUCAAGGACAAGGGCAAUCCAAGUCUACGAGAGAACAUUGUCAGCGGUGAUCUUUCGGCGGAGAGGUUCAGCAAAAUGACAAGCGAGGAAAUGUCUUCGGAGGAACGACGGGCGGCAGACCAAAAAAUAAAGGAGGAGAACUUUUUCAAGUCCUUGGGAGCUGGCGAACAAGAAGCCGAAACGGAAGGCUUCCAGUGCGGAAGAUGCAAGCAACGCAAGUGUCGCUACCGCCAGGCGCAGACCAGAAGCGCCGACGAGCCAAUGACAACUUUCGUGACAUGCGUCAACUGUGGCAACAAAUGGAAGUUCUCGUAAAUAUUUGCAUCGUCUAGGAGUGCUUUAUAGUCGGCAAGAUCAUUUUUCUACUGUAGUUUUUUUAUUGUCCAAUUGUCGGGACAUCGUUCUGUUCGCCGUAGACGGCCCUGUCGUAAUGAUGUAUACCUGCAAUCUAUCUUGAAAAAAUACCCCUUUGUUUCUCA